UGUAAUGCUGCCCUCUGAUGCUUUAGGAGCGGCUGUAGCCCAUAAUUCCUGUGCCUGGAUGAAGAGAAGAAAGUGAGAAACGACGUAACAUAUCUCCCGUUAUUUAUCGCUCAAUCCAUAGGCUCCAAUUACCAAUAGUUUAAGAUGGCAGUUUGGGCUAAGAGUGAAUGACUGUAAGGAGGAAUUUCUUGUUAAACGUUAACCCAGCAUUGGAUAUAAAUGAUGAACAUCAAUGGGCUGAGCAUCAUGGACAAACUGCUGUGUGCAGGUUCAGGUGCAGUUACGGUCAGGACGGAGCGUCUCCACAGCGCGUCUCAGCGAGCAGAAGGACUAUUUAUCUGAGGAACAAGUCUGCAGCGAUGGACAGGGCAAAAGACAUAAUGGUUAUAAUCUGCCUGCUGAUUCUUAAAAUGCCAACGUUUGAGUUGGCCAGUGGGAAAGUGUUGGAGGAGACUUAUCGGAAGUGGAUCCAGUAUAAAGAAGAGUGCUUCAAAAUGAUAGAAAAUGAGCCGCUCCUUCAAGGGGGCUUGUUCUGUAACAGGACGUUUGACAGAUACGCCUGCUGGUCAGAUACUCCUCCCGGCUCAGUGGUGAACAUCUCAUGUCCUUUCUACCUGCCCUGGUAUAACAAAGUGUCUCAGGGUGUGGUCAGACGGCGGUGUGGAUCUGACGGCAUUUGGGAGAGAGACAGCAGCGGGCAGGUAUGGAGAGACAUGACCCAGUGUGAGGAGGAAAAAGAGGUCACUUCUCAGGAGCUAUGGUUCAAGCAACUGAUGGUGAGCUUCAGGAUGCUGUACACGGUUGGCUACUCCCUCUCCCUCUUCACACUUGUCACUGCUCUCAUCAUUCUGCUGAGCUUUAGGAAACUCCAUUGCACCAGGAACUACAUCCAUGCUAACCUCUUCCUGUCCCUCAUACUGCGAGCCAUGUCAGUCAUUGUUAAGGACACCAUGCUGGAACGCCACUGGGGACGAGAAAUCAUGAAACAGACGGAUGUGAGAGAAAUGCUCAGUCACCAGGCUGCUAUUGGAUGCAGGAUAGCACAGGUGAUGAUGCAAUACUGCGUCCUGGCCAAUCACUACUGGUUCUUCGGAGAGGCAAUUUAUUUAUACUCUGUGCUUAUUGCCUCAGUGUUCAUUGACAACAACAAGUAUUUACCUUACAUCUGCCUCGGAUGGGGGACUCCAAUUGUGUUUGUGGUUCCCUGGGUGGUGAUGAAGCUAUUGAAAGAAAACAAAGAGUGUUGGGCUGUCAAUGAGAACAUGCACUACUGGUGGAUCAUUCGUUUCCCUAUUCUUUUUGCUUCUCUAAUCAACUUCCUGAUUUUCAUGAAGAUCCUGAAGGUCAUUCUUUCUAAAUUAAGAGCCAGCAACCAGAGUGGAUACCCUGAUUACAAGCUCCGGCUUGCCAAGGCAACCCUUACCCUCAUCCCUCUGUUUGGGAUUCAUGAGAUCAUAUUCAUCUUUGCUACAGAUGAGCAGACAACAGGAGUUCUGCGCUACAUUAAAGUCUUCUUCACGCUGUUUCUCAAUUCAUUUCAGGGCUUUCUGGUGGCUGUGCUCUACUGCUAUGCCAAUAAAGAGGUGAGGACAGAGCUGAAGAGGAAAUUACGCAGCUGGAGGAUAGAGGCUGAAGUUGUCUGUUGUGGACAGUGACUAGCCGUGCUUGAUUCUCGAGUAGACACUCUCUCCAUCGCCACAGUCCCAGAGCGCAACAGAUCCUCUGCAACAACGAUGAGGGCAAUGCCUGAUGGAUCACCCACUCCUGACAGUUCACUCAUUUUUAGUCGUCCAGUUCAGGCAGCAUCCCCACAGCCUGAUGAAUCACUGCUGCACUGCCCAUCGGUGGUAAACAGAGAGAGCACACAACAGCAUGGGCAUCAUGACGACCCUGGACAGUCCUCUGUGGCGAUGCAGGUGUCCUUUGUCAUUCAUCUUCAAGACCCUGUUGAAUUACUCCCACAUGUUGUCAGUAUAGAUUCCGACUGAAUACAUAUUGGCAUUUAAUGUGCAUUUGAAGAUUAUAUGUGGUUUGUUUGAAUAUCUAAAACUGUGAAUAAGUAAUUGUUGUUACGUCAGUUGUAAAAUUGUGAAUAUGUUAAUAUAUGACUGUGAUUA